UCUGAAUCGGAAGUAGAUUUUUGAAGUUUGAAAGCUUUCUACUGAGAUUCAACCAAGAAGCGCUUUGACAGUUUUUUGAGUUUGUCAAAUAUAUAUAUAUACAGACACAUAUAUGUGUGUAAAUAUACAUUCGCACCGUCAAUUCCAUUUCGUUUCUCUCACUUUGUUCUUCACCAAACCCAUCUCAGGCAAAGUAUGCCUUUGAAGGAAUCAAGUAAGUCUUGUUGAUCACAUAGGAAUAUCAAGUACUCUAUCAGAUUUCAUGCCUGCCAUGAAAAAGAAUUCUGAGCAGACUCAUUUUGGAUCUGUUUUCAACAAGUUGUUGAAGGAGCUUCGAGAACCUGUUGACUUUGAACUUCCUAAUUGGUUUAAUAAAUCAAAGCCAAUGCAGUACUCCUAUAUAAAACGCAAUAUAUAUCUCACAAAGAAGGUCAAAAGAUCCCGGUUUGAUGAUGAUGGCAUAUUCUGUUCCUGUACUCCUUCCGCUGGAUCUACUAGUGUAUGUGGUAGAGAUUGCCACUGUGGGAUGCUUCUGUCUAGCUGUUCAUCAGGCUGUAAAUGUGGGAGCUCUUGUCUUAACAAACCAUUCCAGAAUCGCCCUGUGAAAAAGAUGAAAUUGGUUCAGACUGAGAAAUGUGGUUCUGGAAUUGUGGCGGAUGAAGAUAUCGAACAUGGGGAGUUUGUUAUAGAAUAUGUUGGAGAAGUCAUUGAUGAUAGAACAUGUGAGGAAAGGCUUUGGAACAUGAAACACCGUGGUGAAACAAAUUUCUACUUAUGUGAAAUCAAUCGAGAUAUGGUGAUAGAUGCAACAUAUAAGGGAAACAAAUCAAGAUACAUCAACCAUAGUUGCUGUCCAAAUACUGAGAUGCAGAAAUGGAUAAUUGAUGGUGAAACAAGAAUUGGCAUAUUUGCAACUCGUGACAUACAAAAGGGCGAGCAUCUGACUUAUGAUUACCAGUUUGUUCAAUUUGGUGCAGAUCAAGAUUGCCACUGUGGUGCUGCUACAUGUAGGCGUAAAUUGGGUGUUCGACCUACCAAGCCUAAAAUGUCUUCAGAUGCUGCAUUAAAAUUAGUUGCAUACCAGGUUUAUCAGAAUGGACGCUUGCAAAUUGGAGGUUCUCGUGUUAACCACCGAAAAUGCUUACACAAUUGCAUUGGUGAAGUUAUUAGAAUAAAAAGCUUUGAAAAGGAGAGGUUUGGAGUCAUUAAACGGUUUGAUGAACAUUCUCGAAAACAUUCAAUCAUGUUUGAGGAUGGUUGUGUUGAAAUUUAUGACAUGUCAAAAGAGGACUGGGAGCUUGUGAGAUAGUAAUGCAACUGUUUGGUGCAGGUGAAAGGAGGUGAAAAACUGAAAAUCGCAGUCAUUAUUCUUUCAUUUCAUGUGCAUAAUUCUUGUAGUUGCUGAGGCUCUGAUCAACGGAAAAUGAAGCUGGAUAUAUGAAAACACAAGUCUUACUGAUUGAAGAUAUCAAUAAGUUUUGUUUUCUUCUGACAAACUGUAUGGUGUUAGCCUAGAUGAUUGUUGUUCAAAGGACUGGAAAUAAUCUUUGUAUUUUUUAAAAUCCUAAGUACUCUCUAAAAUGAGAAUUCUUCUUGUACCAUUACCUAAUAUAUGUGUAGUUUCAAUUGUA